UGUCACGGAAGAUCCGAGUUCAUCAGUUGGUUGGUUACCCUUUUAGGCUCUUACCCUCGAGUCCUCUCUACCUCUGGCAUGGAGCCAUGAGGGUUUUAGGGGUUUGAGAGGGGGUUCCGAGGAGAGUUGCAGAAAGAAUCAAUUCAAUCAAUGGGGAUGACGAACACGAACGCUCUUAACGCAGCUUCUGGAAGUAGUGAUGGGAAUAAUGAGACCCAGGUGUACCUGAAUGUCUAUGAUCUCACCCCUAUGAACAAUUACAUGUCCUGGUUUGGAGUUGGAAUCUAUCAUUCGGGAAUUGAAGUACAUGGUAUGGAAUAUGGAUUUGGAGCACACGACUUCCCAACUAGUGGAGUGUUUGAAGUGGAACCAAAGAGUUGCCCAGGUUUCGUCUACAGAUGCUCAAUUCUGUUGGGCCGUAUAAACGUGGCCCCUACUGACAUACGCACAUUUAUGGAGAACGCUGCUUCAGAAUAUCAUGGUGACACUUAUCACCUCAUUUCCAAGAACUGCAACCAUUUUACGGAAGACAUCUCGUUAAGGUUGACUGGAAAACGGAUCCCUGGAUGGGUGAACCGGCUUGCCCGACUAGGUGCCAUGUGCAGUUGUUUGCUUCCUGAAAGCCUACAAGUAACCACUGUUAAACAGCUGCCAGAGUACCACGCGUGCUCAGAAGAAGAUGGUUCAGAAUCUCUCUCUACUACCACCCCGCAUGAGACGGCAGAAAGUGAUGAUACAGAUCAAGAUAAACAUCUUCUUUCAGGUUCAAAUGGUGGUGCGGAAAUGUCUUUUGUCAAAGAGGUCCAAAGGUGAAGCUAAUCUAUCUAUGGGAAACAAAAGAUAGAUAGUGAUUUGUCAUGACAGACAAUUUAAAAAGGGUAUUCCCACUUACCAUUUUGGACUCAGAUUUUCUCAUUAUCCGCUCAUUGUUUCGCAACCUUUUAAAGAGUCCUACUAUUUUGUUGGUUUGUUUGAUGUAAUUUGUUGGUAUUUGAUUAUUUGUCACAGAAGAGAAUACUUGUUAGAUGAUUGGGAAUUUGUUUCGGUUGCGAAUUGGGGAUGAAAUGCAUCCUUGUAAUGAAUAUUGAUGCUUGCGACUUGGUGAUCAAAAUUUCCUUCUUGUAAGUU